CAUUGCUUGACAUCCCUAGAUGUCGGAAAAACAUAUCUAAAAAAAAAGAAUAAAAAAAAAAUCAAAACAAAAUGAAACUUUUCUUAGUUAUCUUGGCGGCUACGGCCUUUGUCUCUGCUGAAGACAGUGAUAACACAUUAGAAUCGGCGAUUAACUUCAUUAAGGACUGCAAAGGAGACUACAUAUUAUGUGUGAAGGAAAAAAUGCUCAGAAUUGUCGACAAUUUGAGAGCAUCGAGGAGUAUCACAGUUGUAGAUGGUGUCGUCUUCAAGGGUGAACCUGAGCCAAGGUCAGCGAAGAAACUGGAUGCCCUGCCUGUUGACCCCACGGCUAGGGACGCUGAGGUCAACUACAGGCUGGUCGAUGGAGUCGUGAGCCUGUUCGAAACUCACGCCCUCGAGGUCAAAAUGAACCAGGCUGACAAAGAAUCCAUCCAAAGAUCACUCGAAGAAGGUCGUGGCAAAAAGAAGGGAGGCGGUAUGGGCGGUAUCAUUGGUCUGUUGGGAGCUAAACUGUUGCUCGGCAAACUGUUCAUCGUCAAGCUCAUCGCCCUCAAGGCCCUCGCUACCGCCAAGAUCGCCCUUGUCCUCGCAGCCAUCCUCUUCGUCGCUUACUGCUUGAAGGGUGAGCAGACCAAAACCACUUAUGAGGUCAUUCCCCAUGCUCACCACCAUGAGUCUCACCACCCCGUCCAUGUUGAGCACGUUUCCCACGACGCUGGCGGCUACGGUGGCGGCCACGGAGGUCACUCCAGCUACGGAUCCGACUGGAACAAGAACCUCGACGAAGCCCAAAACCUAGCAUACAGCGCCUACUCGCGCUCAUCUUAGACAAAAAGACUUUUUAGUUAAUCGACGAUUUCAAACGUCGUUGUAACCUCUGUUGUACAAAGAAUUUAUUUAUUAUCUAAUUUAUUGCCAUUAAUUUAUUGUUGAAUAAACUAUUUAUUAUUACCAAAUAC